CCAUCCGACUGCCUUGAUUAUUCUGGUGCAGAACUGCGGCUGUGGUACGGGCAGCUCGUGGCGAGAUUGCGAGGGCUGACUUACAGGAGAGUGCCAUCUUCAGAGAUGGCAGCAGCCUCUUCGUAUGGCACACAGUUGAAGAAGAUAGGCCACCGGCGAGUGGACUCCACCGGGGAGACUACGUAUAAAAAGACGACCUCCUCUGCCCUCCGAGGUGCCAUUCAGUUGGGGAUCACGCACACAGUUGGGAGUCUCAGCACUAAGCCUGAGCGCGAUGUCCUCAUGCAGGACUUCUACGUGGUGGAGAGCAUUUUCUUCCCAAGCGAAGGAAGCAACUUGACACCAGCCCAUCACUACGCCGAUUUCAGGUUCAAAAACUAUGCGCCUGUGGCAUUCCGAUAUUUCCGGGAGCUGUUUGGAAUUCGCCCUGAUGACUAUCUGUAUUCUCUAUGUAACGAACAACUGAUUGAGUUGUCUAACCCCGGUGCUAGUGGCUCUGUCUUCUACGUAUCUGCUGAUGAUGAAUUUAUCAUCAAAACGGUUCAGCACAAGGAGGCGGAGUUUUUACAGAAGCUGUUACCUGGAUAUUACAUGAACUUGAACCAGAACCCUCGCACGCUGCUGCCCAAGUUCUUCGGGCUCUACUGCAUCCAGUCAGGGGGCAACAACAUCCGACUGGUGGUCAUGAACAACCUGCUGCCCCGGGCAUUGAAAAUGCACCUGAAAUACGACCUGAAAGGGUCAACGUACAAGCGCAGGGCUUCACAGAAAGAGCGCGAGAAGCCACGACCCACCUUCAAAGACCUUGACUUCAUGCAGGAUAUCCCGGAUGGCCUCUUCCUGGAUACCGACAUGUACAGUGCCUUGUAUAAAACGAUUCAGAGAGACUGUUUGGUGCUUCAGAGCUUCAAAAUCAUGGACUACAGCUUGCUGGUCGGGGUCCACAACAUGGAUAUCGCCAGCCGGGAGCGUGGGGCCGAAGGGCCCCAGGGUGGCACAGAUGGCAUCGGCCCGUCGGAUGCCCGGAGACCGACUGGCCAGCGGGCGCUGUACUCAACGGCAGUGGAGGCCAUCCAGGGCGAAUCGAGGCUGGGGGGAACCGGCGAGACGGAUGAACUGAUGGGGGGAAUCCCAGCUCGGAACUCCAAAGGCGAGCGUCUGAUGUUGUACAUUGGCGUCAUAGACAUCUUACAAUCAUACAGAUUUAUAAAGAAGCUGGAACACUCUUGGAAGGCCCUUGUACAUGAUGGGGACACAGUAUCCGUGCACAGGCCGGGUUUUUAUGCCGAACGAUUUCAGCGUUUCAUGUGUGGCGUAGUCUUCAAGAAGAUACCACUCAAACCAUCCCCGUCGAAAAAGAGCCGAAUUGGCAUGGCAUCCACACGCCGGACACCAGCAGGAGGGGCUAGCCAACCACACCCAACCCUGACAGAGGCGGCGAAAGUGCAGAUGGUUGACAGGGAGAUCACUGAAGCGGUCAUUGAACAAGGAUCCCCCUCUUUAUUCCAAGUCUUCGGUUGCUCAGCUCGUCAUCACAGUGUAUGCUUUGGUGCCAACCCUUUGGUUGACUAUGCCUCCGUGAUGCUGGCUUCACAUUCAGGCCUUCCAGUCGGCCAAUUGGGAAAUCUGCUGUCGAGCAGCUCCAUAUAG